CAACUCCACCCUCCUCUGUUCGUGCCAAAACCCCGAAGCAGCAGCAGCAGCAGCAGCAGCAGAGCAUCCUCCUGCUUGCCCCCCAGAAAGUAAAGGAAAAGAAAAAAACUUCGGCCUCCAGCGUGCCGCCGAGAAGUCGCAAACAAAUCGAAGAAGACACAAGCGAUGGAGCCGAGCAUGGCGCCGCGGCGGCUGUGGCACGUGGUCCGCGCCGUGCUGUUCAUGCUCCGCAAGGGCAUGUCCAAGCGGAAGCUGGCCAUGGACCUCCAGCUCCUCCUCCAGCGAGGCAAGAUCGCCGGCGGCAAGGCCCUCGGCAAGCUCAUGAGCACCACCCACCACGACAAACCACCUGCCGCCUCCAAUCAUUCCACGUCAGCCAAGGCCAAGCAGCACGCGCCGCCGAAUUUCUCGUGCCCCGCGCGCUCCGUCUACGACCCGCGGGAGACGGAGUUCAGCUGCAGCAACACCCCGUCCUCCUACUACCCCUCCAUCCUUCAUCAGCUCGUCCCCACCAAGCAGCGCCAGCCGCGCCGCUGGAACGGCAGCCGGCGCCGUACUGGCAGCCACCGCGGCGCCAACGGGGGCGAGCCCGGGUGGUACAACUACGACGCGGCCGACAUCGCCAAGGUCUUCGAGGUCCUCAACAAGGACGAGCAGCUGCUGAACGACGUCGUGGCCGUGGUCGCAAAUACGCCGUCCCCCGCGCUGUGGUCGUCCAGCUUCGGCCGCAGCCCGGCGCCGGCAGCGGCACCCGUGAGGCAGCUGCGGAUCACCGACUCGCCGUUCCCGCUGUCGGCGGACGAUGCGCAGGACGGCGGGAUGGUGGACCAGGAGGCGGACGAGUUCAUCAAGAAGUUCUACGACCAGCUGCGCAAGCAGCAGCAGAGCCUCACCGCCGCCACGCCCGAGUACGGAUAUGCCAGUCCGGCGGCCACCGGCGUCGCCUACUAGGUGUUACUCCGUCUGAUUUUAAAUUCCUGUGGUUGUUUUGGUUCGAAAGACAACGAACAAGAAUUUAGGACGACGAGCAGUACUGCCCGCAUGCAUAUAUGCAUGCUGAAGUUGACACCCUUCUUGUUCCAAGUUUGAAGUGUGUGUACGUACGUGGCCCAGUACAUAGUUGUCUGUCUUGUCAUAAUCAAGCACGCAUGACUGUACAGAGAGCUUGCACGCAUGACUGUACAGAGCUUGUCAUAAUGAAGAUUUGGUUGGGAUGUCUGUACUGA